CGCGCACUCGGCACGCGAGGCUCCUCUGUUUCGGGUCUGAUAAAACCGCGGGUUUGGAUCGUCGCGGAACGCGUGCACGUCGCGGAGAUGUCGCCCUUCGCGCUCGCGGCGCCCACGCUCGCGGGGUCGUAUCGCCAGCUCAGCUCGGUCGCGAAGCGUCGCUUUUUCGGGGCGCAUCGGAAUGUUCCCAGGAGGAGCCGAGCGGUGGCCCCGGACGUUAACAUCGGCGGCGAGGACUCAUCCAACGCCGUCGACCCCGCGAGCGCGUCCGAUGGCGACGGCUUCGUCCUCGACUCGAGCGGAUUCGCGGUUUCCCUCGGCGAGGACGGCUACGCGGACGCCGACGCGGCCAAGCUCGCCACGCGGGACGUCGUGUCGAGCCGAUACCCCUUCGUCGGCUCGGACGCGGGAGCCGGCGCGCCCUCGUCGUCCUCGGGCGCAUCGUUCGAGCCGCGGUUCGACCCGGGCCCGGCCGUCGCCACGUUCGCCGUCUUCAUCGCCUUCGCCGUCGUCAACCGCCGCGUCGCCAACGCGGUGGACAGGCGGCGCGACAGGGAACGCGCCGAGGAGGACCUGCGCCAGAUGCGGCUCAAGUCCCUGGACGGCAGCGCCGACUUCGACGAGGUCCAGGAAGCGUUCGACCGGCUGGAGCGCGCCAAGUACGAGGAGGCGGCGGCGAGGGAGAUGCUCUCAUCGCUGGGCAUCGACGCGAGGGUGCGGAUGCCGCAACCCCUCGGCAAGCCCAUCUCGCAGGUGGAGCGGGAGGAAGCCGACGUGGCGGAGAGGAUCGCGAAGAUCCGGGAGCGAAGGGAGCGAGACGCGUCUUCCGCCACGUCCGGGAAACGCGCGGACGACGCGGACGACGCAGACGGUGGGAUAUGGGACAGGCCGCUGCCGAAGAAGUCGUCGUCGUCGUCGUCGAACGAGUCGAGCGCCGCGAGCGGGCCGCCCGCGUGGAUGAACGUCACCGUGGGGGUGGUGCUGACCAUGCUGACGUGGAGCUUCGUCGGGGUGACGUUCAGCGAGGACCCGGCGUUGGGACCCGCGAUACCGCCCGAGGAGUUGCAACGGCAGAUGGAGAUGAGAUGAGAUCCUUGUUCCGCCGCGCUCGCCGCCGAACCGUUCCACUAAAGCACUAAAGUUACUAAAAGUUCACCCCGCC